UUUCAAAUCAAACAAAAUACCAAACCAAACUAGUUGAGUUCAAAUCCAAACACUUCAUUGAAGUUGUUCCAUAAUAUAUCACAGCCUUCAUGCACUUGUUCAAGCCACAUCUCGCCUCAAACACAACCAAAUCCAGAAUGGCCUCCGUAGAAAUUGUUCAAGCCACUGAAGCCACCACUAGAUCCAUCAAUGAGCCGCCCAGAAUUUCUUUCUCUGCUGAAUUUCUUGAUGAAAACAGCUUCAUUUCCAUCAGCCCCCACUCUGAAACCAGUGAAAAAGACCAAGAAAAACCCAGAAUCAAUGCAGAAUUUGAGUUUCUCUCCAACAACAAUGGCAGUAGCCACACUAUGUUGACUGCAGAUGAGCUUUUUUUUGAAGGAAAGCUCCUCCCUUUCUGGCAAACACACCACUCGGAGCAGCUCAACAAGAUCAGCUUGAAACCAAAAGAUGCAGAAAAAGAAGUUAAUAAAGAGGCAGCUGAAAAUAGAGCAAGUUGGCUUGUUGAUGAUGACCCUUCUCCAAGGCCACCAAAGUGCACCGUUUUGUGGAAAGAGCUACUGAGGUUAAAGAAGCAAGGGGGUUCUUCUUUGUCAUCAUCUUCUUCUUCCUCUUCAACAUCAUAUUCUUCGAGCUCACUGACCGAUGUGGCGGCGACAACAGAAGCAAAAGCGAUGAAAGAAGGUGCUGGGAGCAGAGAGAAGCAGCAGGUUAAGAGGGUAAGCAAGGGACUGCAGAGAACAAGAUCAGCUAGUAUCAGAAUAAGGCCAAUUAUAAAUGUGCCUCUCUGCACACAAGUCAAGAGCAGUGCAGUGGCGCCACCAUUUCUCUUCAAGAAAGGAAGAUUAGAGAGGUGAAUUGGGAUUAUAACAUCCGGUGUAUCGAAUUGUCACAUUUUUCUAUUGAAGGAAUCAAAUCAUGUUUUUU